ACCUCAUUGUUAGGAAGUGUUGAGAGUAAAAUGUAUGAAUUACUCAAAGGAAAUAUUUUUCACCAUGUUGGUUAGUAUCCGAUAUUCGUUCCAAUAAUGAAUGAAUAAUUAAUCAUCAAAUGACAAAUAAUUAACAAAUGACGAAUAAAAUGACAAACAACAAAUAAUUAUACGAUUUGUUGUUGUUGUUGUUUGUGGAUCUAGCAACUCCGUGCAACUACUUUGAUUGGUCAACAUUUUACGUCUCCUUCUCGCAUUCCACGGGCUGUUAUUUUUGUAGCGCUAUUUUUAUCUGUUUUGCAUAUUGUAACAUCCACAAGUCCCCAGUGUUGCGCUGUUCAUGCAUAUAACGUAACAUUAUAAACAACUAGGCUUAGAAAUACAUUUCCCAGCAUUCCCAACACUGUGCGGCUUUACGAUUGGCCAACAAUAGUUUUUUCAUAGGUCUCUGGUGGAAAUAGGUUUCUUUCAAAAAAAUUUGAGACGUUAAUCUUUAUCGUCACAGUCACGAAAACCCGCGAUUAAACCCUUUAAUCUAUUAGGCGAGAGUUUCGUUGGUCGCGAUUAAUGGAUUUAUGAGGAGUUCUUGUUCUGGUUGAAGGUGUCAUCCAGUUGAUCUGUUCGUCCUAAAGCAGACUGAAGAUGGAGGAUGAAGACUUUUUACUCGCUCUUCGUUUACAAGAGCAGUUUGAUCAAGAGACCGCGAAAGCUGGAUGGACUGAUGAAGACUAUCCGUCCAGCAAAAAGCGUAAAAUUGACUCGUCUGGUCUGAGGGACGUGAUUUCCUACUCUCAGCCCAGACCAGAGAGACCGCUGUCUGUCGUGGACGAGUCGUGGGAGAUGCUGGACCCCAAUCCGGACGUGAGAGCCAUGUUCCUGCAGUUCAAUGACAAGUUCUUCUGGGGGAAACUCAGCGGUGUGGAGGUCAAGUGGAGUCCCCGGAUGACACUAUGUGCUGGUGUUUGCUCUUAUGAGGGAAGAGGAGGCUUGUGUUCUGUUCGACUCAGUGAACCACUCCUGAAGCUCAGACCGCGCAAAGAUCUUGUACAG